AUGUCAGAAUAUUCAGGAUCAAAUUCAGAGGAUUUAUCAUUACCCAAAGCAACGGUACAGAAAAUAAUCAACGAAAUAUUACCCAAAGAUAUUGGUAUUUCAAAAGAAGCAAGAGAAGCCAUAACAGAAUGUAGUAUUGAAUUUAUAAUGAUGCUAUCUACACAACUGAAUGAUAUUGCGGAGAAAGAGGCCAAGAAAACCAUUGCUUCUGAUCAUGUUGUAAAAGCAUUGGAAGAAUUGGAUUUUAAAAACUAUCUUGAUAUAAUUAAUAAAAUAUUGGAUGAACAUAAAGAACUAUUAAAAGGUAAAGAAAAGAGAAAUAACAAGUUCCAAAACUCUGGGUUGACUGAAGAAGAGUUAUUGAAACAACAAGAAGAAUUGUUUAAGAAAUCAAGAGACCGUUUACAAAGUCAAUCUGGAUCACCUAAUAAUUAA